AUGGGGAGGCAACCGUGUUGUGACAAAGUAGGGUUGAAGAAAGGGCCAUGGACUGUUGAAGAAGACAAGAAGCUCAUCAACUUCAUCCUCACCAAUGGCCACUGCUGUUGGAGAGCUCUUCCCAAGCUUUCUGGACUACUGAGGUGUGGUAAAAGCUGCAGGUUAAGAUGGAUAAAUUAUUUAAGACCUGAUUUAAAAAGAGGUCUUCUAUCGGAAUAUGAAGAACAAAUGGUCAUUGAUCUUCAUGCCCAACUUGGCAAUAGAUGGUCAAAGAUUGCCUCUCAUCUACCGGGAAGAACUGAUAAUGAAAUUAAAAACCAUUGGAACACACACAUAAAGAAAAAACUAAGGAAGAUGGGUAUCGACCCUUUGACCCAUAAGCCUCUCUCUGAACAAGAAGGCUCACAACAGGCUCGAGAGACCAAGAAAAGCCUAGUGCCUCAUGAUGACAAGAACACAAAACAAGAUCAAGAAGAUCAACAAAGCAAAGACAAUCAAGAACCACAUCAGUUAGGUCAAGAUUUGGAGAAGACGUCCUCACCAAUUUUUAGUGAUGGGUUUUCAAUUGAUGAAGUCCCAUUGCUCAAUCCAAAUGAGAUCUUUAUGGACAUCUCUUCUUCUCAUCAUCAUACUAAUGAUGAUAACGCCAAUAUUAACAUUAGUAACUCCACUACGUCGCCUUCUGCCUCUUCCUCUUCUACUUCGUCGUGUCUAUCAUCAGUAUUACCGAGUGAUGAGUUCUCAAAGUUUCUGGAUGAAAUGGAGAUACUUGACCUCAAGUGGCUCUCAUCCGAUGAUUCAUCAGGGGAUACCAUGAAUUUCAAAGACAACACUGUCGAUACCACGAACUUAUGGGACAUCAACGAUUUGAGUAGCUUGGAUUUGCUUAUGAAUGAUCACAAUGAUGGUUUUGUUGGAAAUGGUAAUGGAUGUUCAAGAAUGGUUUUAGAUCAAGAUUCAUGGACAUUUGAUCUCCUCUAA